GUUCAUUGUACGCUCUUUGCAGGAGUGCUUGUGAUAUUAUUAUUUUUGUGGUACAAUUCAUCUAUUGAAUAUGGAAGAUUUUUCUGAUUCAGCAAACAAAGAAAGUUUGUCACAGCGGAAGUGUGUGGAGGAAAUUCGUCACCAUUUUGAAAAGCUACGAGAUGAAUACGAACGUAACCUCCAGAAGUUCUACUCGCUAAAAGCCCAGGAAUGGAUUCUCGAGCAUCAUAUGGAGAGCUGGAAGCAUCUUUGCGAAGAGUUGGACGCAAAAUUAGCAACGAAGCAAGAAGAAGCCCGAAACGUUCGGGUUCAAAUAUGGAAAGAUCGCGAAGAUUACUGUGCGCUAUCGGCACAGUUUGCGAACGAUUUUUCAAUCGAAGCCACAUUAGCUGCAAUUAAGCGUUUUAACCAGCCAUAUGAUGAUGGUGGUAGUCAAGGUCAGGCUUCUAACAAUCAACCUCAAGUUAGGUGCCCCCAUUUACCUAGAAUAGCUGAAAUUGAUAAGGAACUAGAAAAGCUGCAACUCAAAGAAACAGAGUUGAAUCGAAUGGAGCUGGAGCUGGCCCCAGACGAGGAAACUAUACGGUUGCUGCAACAGGCGGUUACGAAUUCCGCUUCUAAUUUGGAAGAGCUAGAAGCGGAGAUUAAAGAGCUCGAUGAGUCAGGGCAAAGCCGUGAAUGUACAGUUAAGUCUAUAUUGAAGAGGCCAUGUUUUGUGCAGCCGGAUAGUGAUCGGAAGCAGGUUCGAUUUGAGUAAUUUUAUCUAAUGUUAUAGAUAUCACAAUUUGUUUGAUGUUUAUACUGUGAAGAGUACCUGGAGUGAGAUACAUAAGAAUUGAACGAUUUGAAGAAAAAAUUGAAAUACUUGGGAAAGGCCAGCCAUUCAAGUAAUAGUAAUAGUAGUAAGGCGUGGUACGUUUAUUACGUAAUUUUAUUAUGCAUAGAUUUUUGUUCAUCCAUGUUGUUUUUUACAAACAAAAUGGCUUCUGGUUUUAAUAUCC